AUGGGCGACAAGCGCAAGCUCGCGGCCGAGGCGGCCGAGCCUGAGUUGAAGAAGGCUAAGAAGGAGAAGAAGGACAAGAAGGAGAAGAAGGAGAAGAAGGAGAAGGUGAAGGAGGUUGUUGAGGAGCCGGUUGUUCAGGAGGAGGUUGUGGAGAAGAAGGAGAAGAAGGACAAGAAAGAGAAGAAGGACAAGAAGGAGAAGAAAGAAAAGAAGGAGAAGAAGGAGGAUAAGGAAGAGAAGAAGGACAAGAAGGAGAAGAAGGAAAAGAAGGACAAGAAGGAAAAGAAAGAGAAGAAAUCCAAGGACAGCGCCGAACAGCCCGAGGACGCCAUGGACGUGGACGUGAAGUUCACCGAGGAAGCGCCGGCCGUCAAUGGCAGCGACAAGAAGGACAAGAAGGAAAAGAAAGACAAGAAGGAGAAGAAGGACAAGAAGAAGGAGAAGAAAUCCCAGGACGCCCAGCCCAACGGCGCGCAAACCGAAGAAGCGGAAGCAGAAGCCGACGAAGCCUCGUCUAGCCAGAAAGGAAACCGAUUCAUCGUCUUCGUUGGAAACCUCCCCUACUCAGCCAACACCGAGUCCCUCACAAAACACUUCGAGAAGAUCGCGCCGGCCUCCGUGCGCGUCGCCACGCAAAAAGACAAGCCCACCCACAGCCGCGGCUUCGGCUUCGUCGAGUUCGACAACUACGAUCGCAUGAAGACCUGCCUCAAGCUCUACCACCACUCGUCGUUUGACGAUGGGAAGUAUCCCGCGCGACGGAUCAAUGUUGAGUUGACUGCCGGCGGCGGAGGCAACACCGAACACCGCAAAUCGAAGAUUGAAGCCAAGAACAAGAAGCUGUUCGAGGAGCGCCAGCGCGCCGUGAAGCAGACCAAGCAGGAGCAGCACAAGGGCCCGGCUGCGCAGACGGACGAAUCGGAUGUCUUUGCGGGUGUGCAUCCUAGUCGGAGAAGGCAGAUGGCUUAG